ACACAACAACAACAACAGUCACGUAGCAGUUAAGGCUUCUUUAAAUCCACUUGACACUUCGUUUUGGCGCUCGCCUGAGGGUCCGCUGGCCAAUGCUGACAUCUCAUGGCUCUUUGUUAAACCACAGGCCGUUCCAUUGAAACCCGAUGAAUAUAUGGGAAAUGGAUUGCAUUUAUACAGUACUGUAUAGUGUUCUAUCUGCGGGUGGGGCUCGGGGGUUCAGCGCUGUCUGUUUUUGCAUGAAUUUCCUGAUGCAGUGAUGUUCAGUCUAAAACCAUCCCAAAUUAAACAAGCACAUAAACUUUUUACAACCGCAGUCUUGUGUUUCCAACAUAACCUGAAUGGGCGUUCUAAAUAUAAUUUGAAUAUCGUGUAAAACUUGAUGCAAGUAGCUCAAUUUUAAAAAAGUGGAAUUUACAGUAUAGAUUCACUAACCAAUUUUCCGAAUUUUUAUGCUUGUAGCUUACAACAAAUGAUAACUCAGAAUUUACAAUUUAAAAAAGAAUCUGAAUGUUACAUUCGAAAGAAUCAUAAUAUAUACAAAUAAUAUAUAUAAUAAUAUAAAUAUAGAAAUUAGGUUGACUUGGCCAGAUUUUUAAUGAAUCUGUAUAUGAGCAUCACUUCUCAAAUUCCACAGCUUAAAUACAUUUUCUUUCUUUUCUAAUUUAUUGAGCAGCAGCUACUAUUUUUUUUCUUAAAUUAUUUUUCUUACAUCAGCAGCUAUUAAAUAAAAAACAGCGCAAUAGAUUGAUUGAUCAUACAAGUUUUGCCUCCCAACUGUAUCGAAAAUACUAGACAUUAUACGUUAGAAACAGGAUAGAUAAAUGUGUAGUUGGGACUGUGUCUUGUCUUCUAUGUGAGUGAGUAUGAUGUAAAGAGAACUUCAAGAUUAAGCUUGGCAAUUCAGUGGAUUGGUACAUUUACAGCAGUUUUGUAACAAACUGUCAAAAUACACACCUUUAUUUGCCAGCAAAGACCAACCAGCAGCACUGCAAACAACACCCCCGCCCCCCACACGACAUCUCUCUUUCUAAGCCUCGAUGCGUGUUAUCAUGUUCUGUGUGGUAUUUGGCAGUGUGUAUGUUACAUUUCCCAUUGAGUGAUUAAAUAAAUCUAGAAAUCACUAAUGUCUGGUUUAUCGAACAUUGUCGUAUCUUUGCUUCUUGUAUACAUAACAUCUUUCCCACAUGAUAGUUCCAGUGUCUAUUGUGUAAACACGUAAGGGCCAAAAGCAAACUUUAGCUUUACUUAUAGUCUCGAGCCAUCAGAUAACAUACAUGGAGUGAACAAGUAGCAUCAGGAGAAAAGCCAUGGCUCGACAACACAAGGCUGAAGUCAUGAUUGCUGGAGAACAACUCAGGUUGAGGCUUCACGAUGGAAAACUCAUCAAGGACAGACGGUAUCACCUUCGAACAUAUCCAAAUUGCUUUGUAGCGGAGGAGCUCAUAGCCUGGCUGGUGAACCAUAAGGAGGCUCCGGAUCGGACAACAGCCAUGUGUCUGAUGCAGCACCUCAUGGAUCACAACAUUGUGCAUCAUGUUUGUGAUAAGUGGUCUGAGUUCAAGGAUGCCAAACUUUUGUAUCGUUUCCGCAAAGAUGAUGGCACAUUUCCCUUCAAUACAGAAGUGAAAAUCUUCAUGAGAGGACAACGAUUGUAUGAGCAUCUCAUAGGGGACAAGCACUCAGUUCUGCAGCUAAGAGAGGAGCACGGUGUUGCGUAUGAGCGCUCUUUUCCUGGCUGCCAGUUGAUAGAUUGGCUACUUCAAAAUGGAGAGGCAGUGAGCCGGGGUCGGGGUCUAGAGCUGUGCCGUGCUUUACAAGAGCAUAGCAUCAUUCAGCACGUGGGACAAAAACAUGAUUUCUUUGACAGUGGACUGCUCUAUCAGUUUUGCAUAAAUUUCCGUCACAGACGACGCUUGUCUGAGUUGCUGAGUGAAAGUGACCAAGACAAUUAUGAUGGCCCAAUGUUGUCAACACAAGGAGACGGCCACCACGAUAGUCCAUUUGUUCAGCACAAAAUUCCAGCACAAGAGGCUGCCAGUGAUUUCCAGUCAGUGGGAGCCAGUAAAGACCUGAAAAGGGUGACAAGUGGCCGUCGAGGCAGUUUGAAUUCCCUCCAGCUUCACUCUCCAGGAUUUCUUCCUAUUGUUCAGAAGUCUUCAACCCCAGUCAUAAGAUGCAACCCUAAAUCAGUUCUUAAAAGACAUUUUACUUGUGAAGAGCUACUGGUACCAGGUGCACCAUUUACCAAGAGAGUGUUGACAGUGACAGGUGACGCACUUGGUUGGGGCUUUGUCCUGAGAGGCAUGGCCCCUUGUUAUGUGCAAGCCGUUGACCCCGGAAGCCCCGCAGCAGCUGCCGGAGUAAAGGUGCGACAAUUAGUGUGUCAGGUGAAUGGACAAUGUGUACUUUAUCUGGACUACAGGACAGUGACCACACUGGUGAUGACAGGACCUCGAAUUGUUGUGUUGGAAAUGAUGGAAUCAUUGGAAUAAAAACGUUUGUUUUCAAAUUGAUCUAGUACAAAACAUUGCUUUUUCAUAUAGUGAUAAUUAGACUCAUUUAUACUGCAGCCCUAUGGGGGGGAGUGGGGGGGCACAAGCCAAUGCAAAGUGUAGGCUGGUCCCAAGCCCCAAUAAAUGCAGAUGGUUGUGUCAGGCUUAAAACUUUACCAAACAAACGUUCUUGUAAAGAAUUCCAUGCCAGAUCGGAAAUUGAAGCAGAUCGGGAUUUAAGAUGUGCAUAUCAGGGUUGCGGAAAUGUAGCAAU